UCUCUUACAAUGAUUUAAUUCUCAAAUCAUUAACUAAUGCCAUGGUGAUUUAUUAUGUUUAUAACAAAAAUUUAGAACAUUUAGCAUAAUUACUUGCAAUGAUUCAAUUCUCAAAGCGUUAAGUCAUGUCAUGGGAAUUUAUGACGUCUUUAUAAUCCUUCAACAAAUUAUAGAUUCUUAGGCACACAUAUUCUUAGUACCAUAAUAUUUGUAUGAAUAGCAUACUGCAAUUGUUAACACUAAUUAAACUUAAAUCACGUUUGAAUCACUAAACUUUUGUUAUUUUGGUCACAUCUUAAACUAUCACCCAUAUAGGCAAAAUAAUGAAAUAGGCAAAAUGAUGAGAAAGAAGCAUAUUUACGAUGCAGAAAAAUCGGUUUGAAAUAAAAGUAAAUAAAACCAUAAUUGGCUUUGAACCCCCUAGCUUUGAUGAGGAAAGGGAUGGAUGGUAGAAGAUAAGAUAUUGUAGUGGUUUUAUAGGGAUGAGUUUUAUAGUAUAUCCCUUCUAAAAAAUAAUAAUUAGAAUUGACGUGGUGAGACACAAAUUAUUAGUUUGAGAAUAAAAUAAUAACACGAUUCUAUGGACCAAUUAUGUACUUUUUCAUGACCAUAAGAACAAAACACCUUAAUAUUUUAUAGCAUGCCACAAUUACUGGUAAUUAAUAAGUUGGAUUGUUUUUCUAUUUUUUAAAGGAUAAUUACUAAAUUAUGCAUGAUGAUUUCUAGUAAAAAAAGGAUUCUACACAUCUGGUGCGAGAGAAAGAAGGAAAAGGGGAGUGAUUUACUUAUUUUAAUAUAUUUAUUAGUUUUUUUUGGUAAACUCCUUAACGCCGGAUGUACAGAGGGAAAAUUUUAAAAAUUGUAAGAAGAUAAAAAAAAUAUUUUAGCGGUUCGUAGAAACAAACAGGAUGUUUAUCCGCGGUAAAAGGAGAGAGAGAAAAAAAAAAUAGUGCUGACGUGGACACAUGACAUGCGAGAAAAUUUGAAAUGAAGAAGGGCUUAUUGAGAAAUCCUAUAAUAUAUUUUAUGGAUAUAUGCUCAGCACAUUUACUUUUAAUAGUUUUCCUUUUUUAUACAUAUUUUGUUAAAACCGACAUAUAUUAAUUAUUCUUCGAUAGGAUCAUUUCACUUAUCAAACUAAACAUGAUAUAAACCUAUUUGACAACCUUUUCAUUAAGUCUUCAGAUAAGAUGCUAAUGCCGAAACCCAAGCCCACGGGCCACGAUCAAAAGACUAGGAAUGCUUGAUGCAACCGCGAAUGUUGUGGUCGGCGUUACAAAGUUGGAAUAUAUCGUCUGCCAUUUUACUGAAAAAAAAAUAUAACUCCCGUCUUCCGGCAUGGCAAGUGGCAAUUGAGUUUCCACCGGGAUGAUCGCAGCUGCGGGUCCUCAUACUACUUCUCAUGUCACUCUUCUCCAAUAAAACGAUCUUCCGGCGACUCCAUCCUCACUUUUUCCGUUCAUUCCCUCGUUCAAUUCCUCCGUUACCCUAUGCCCCCUCCCCACCUUUAGUCACGUCGAUUGCCAUUUUUCCUUUCUCUUGGGCAUUUCGUCGAACGCCUUGCGUGCGGUUCCAACUUUCUCGCUGUUUCGCGUCUCACCUACACGUCUCCGCGGAAAAUCUCGGAACCGCUCUUGAGUUGAUUCCGGAAAGAAUUGAUUGCCAUGAUCCUUCGAAGCACACUCUCGUCGAAUCUCUUACGGUCGCUUCCCAGUUCUCCACUGAAGCAGAGGCUACGACAUAUUUGGAUGACAGCGGCAUCAAGCCCAGUUUGGAACUAGUGUACUCGGUCAUCUGGGAGUUGAGGGAGAACUGGAAAGUCGCGUUCUUGGCCUUCAAAUGGGGAGAAAAACGGGAGUGUGCUGAUGAGAAAGCUUGCGAGUUGUUGGUAUGGGUUCUGGGAAAUCAUCACAAGUUCGGCAUUGCUUGGACUUUAAUUCGAGAUUUGCAUCGUGCCUCGUUGAGUAUCCGCAGCGUGUUGCUUGUUAUGAUUGAUAGAUAUGCUGCUGCAAAUAAUCCGGAGAAAGCUAUAUGGACAUUCCGUGUCAUGGAGAAGUUCAGGAUGUCCCCAGACCAAGAUGCAUUCUACUCUUUGCUAAAAGCCCUCUGUAACCAUGGAAACAUUGAAGAAGCUGAAGAAUUUAUGUUUCUCAGUAAGAAGCUUUUCCCAUUGCAAACUGAUGGUUUUAACAUCAUCCUCAGUGGGUGGUGCAAUAUUUUUGUUGAUAUACUUGAAGCAAAGAGGAUUUGGAGGGAAAUGUCGAAAUGUUGCAUCGUGCCUAAUGCAACUUCUUAUACGCUUAUGAUUUCCUGCUUCUCAAAGAUUGGGAAUCUUUUCGAUUCAAUGCGGCUAUAUGAAGAAAUGAAGAAAAGGGGUUGGUCACCGGGUCUCGAGGUAUACAAUUCGCUAAUUUUUAUUCUAACUCGUGAGAAUUUAUGCAAGGAAGCUUUGAAAAUUCUGGACAAAAUGAAACAUCUGGGAAUUCAGCCUGAUUCUGCAACUUAUAAUUCUAUGAUACGUCCAUUAUGCGAGGCAAAAAAGCUAGUUGAGGCAAAAGAUGUAUUGGCGAACAUGAUUGAGGAUAAUGUUAAACCAACUACUGAUACUUACCAUGCGUUUAUAGAAGGUUCUGAUUUGAACAUCGGCUGGGAAUUGCUUGGCCAAAUGAGAAAGGAAGGUUUACGUCCGACUGGAGGAACCUUUUUAUUGUUGCUUUCCAAGUGCUUCAAGCUAGGGCAAGCUGAGAAUGCAUUGAAUAUUUGGGCAGAAAUGAAGCAACUGUAUGAAGUGAUGCCUGACAAAGCACAUUAUGAGAUGUUGGUGGAAGGCCUGAGUAGGUGUGGAAUGUUAAACAAAGCAAGAGAUUAUUAUGCUGAGAUGAGGUCAAGAGGGUUCACUGAUGAUCCGAAAUUGCAGAAGAUGCUGAAAGAACGAGUGCCUGGAAAUAUUGAAACAGUGGAAUGUUUAUCUAGACAAGUUCAUAAAGUUCGAAGUAAGAGGGUCAGUCCAUUGAGAAAGUAGCUUUGGCUUGAAUGACCCUGACUAGGAGAAGUUCAUGUGAAGGAUCUAUUCACCAUGAAGCUCAUCAAGCUAAUGCAUGAAACCAUGUUGGAGGCUGGAUACAGGUUUUUCCACAACAUUAACUAGCUUAAUCUGGACUAGCUUGGUGGCGAUUCUAUCAGGAUACUGUUAAACCCGAGGUACUCCCGUGGACUCCGUACUGUCAGUGUGAUUUUACGAGGAACAGAAUCCCUUCUGUAAACUCCGUCAUGUUUAAUUUUAAUGGUUUGACAUGGCAUUUAUUAAUCAGUAAUUCACAUUUCUUUAAGCAUUGAAGCAUAAUUGAUAUCGAUAUCUGAGAUGGUUAUGUUUCCCCCCCCCCCCCCCCCCCCCCCCUGUGUUCUGGCGGAAAUAAUUACCCUGGAGCUUGUCCCGGUUUCUUUUUAGCAUUUUUACCUCUUAAGAUUUGUGGCUAACAGGUUCCCUGUGUUGAUGAACUAGCAGUAUUAUUGAAAUGUCAAGCGAUACAAGUAGAAAUAUUGGCGUAUGGUACUAUCACUAACCAGUAGCCAUAAUAGAAUUAUGGUCGUGAAAUUCAACUUGAAACCUGUAAACCCAUUCCUUUCACUUCCUCUUGUUCCUAUGUUGAAAUGAAGCUAGGUGAGAAACUCAAGACCACUGUGAUCAUAGUCUUGUUCUUGCCUGCAUCUCUGUAGUAAUUGAGAGUGUCUAAUUGGUAGGAUUAAAAAGUGAAUGCCCUGGGAAGGUAAUAACUUCUAUGAUGCCAAAUGUGGAAGUGGAAACUUUUGGAUAGGAGGUUAGUAGUCAUUGCAGUGAUGGUAUUGUAUAGUAGAAGUCAAUGAGCUAUUCGAAAUUUUCGUGAGCAUUUGAACAAAUCAAAAGUUUCAUAAAACCGCUCCAAUAUGUUGAGUUUGAACUCUGAAGGUGAAAACAAAAAAGCAGAGCGACCAUGUUUUGUAACAGAAGGAACAUCAAUGUGUAAUCUGUUGUUGUAUGGUGUCGACACUCAUGUUGUGGUAGGUCAUCCUUGUUUCCCACUCGUUACCCGUUUAGGUUUUUAUAUUCCACUCUGUAUUAUCCCCUAACUUUUAUAUUCUCUAUUUGGGUUUUCAUAUUACAGCACAGCAACGGUCAUAUCCUGCUCAAUUGAGUCAUGGCAAUUUGCGUACAGUUGGAUGACAGAAGCGUAGCUAAGCCAUGUGAGAGCCCUUCAUAAGGCUGGACCAUUUCUCUUCGAUUUUCUUGAUUAUUCUGUUUUUCUUUCAAGCUUAAGAAAUUUCUUGAACCCUC